AUGGGUAUGGUUGUUGGUGUGGGCAUGUGUAUGGUGGGUAUGGAUGCGGUGGGUAUGCAUAUGGUUGUGGAUAUGGGGGUUGUUCUUGCUAAGGUGGUUAUUUUUGCUAAGGUGGUUAUUGUUGUUGAGGUGGUUGCUCUUGCUCGACACGCUCGGAGAGUAGCAAAUGAUCACCGAAAUUGCCAAUAUACUAGUCCAUGUACUAGUCGAAUGGUUGAUAGUUGUCAAUAUGUUGACUUCCACAACUACGACAGAGUUGGCGUGAUAAAGAAGGAGUUGGAGCAGUCACGCGAUGCAACUAAGGCCGCAAGUGCGAUCGCUGCGAGGGCGGCGGAGUUGGAGACAGAGUUGGCGAGGCUCCAACAUGACUCUAUAUCAGAUAUGAAAGUCGCCGAAGAGACGAUGGCUGAGGCUGCUGCGCUCAGGAAGCUGCUACUGGAGAUGGAAUCCAAAGUGAAAUUGCUGGAGCGAGAAGUUGAAUUCUUGAAGAAGGACAAAUCUAAGAGUGAAGAGAAAAUUAGGGAUUUGGAAAAGAAAAUUGGGGCUCUGGAGAAAAAAGAUGUUGAUGAGAGGAACAAGUGGACUAGGGUUGAGGAGGAGUUGAGGGAGAAGAUUCAAGAGAUGGAAAAGAAGGUUUUGAAAUUAGGGCAGAAGACUAAGGAAGUGGAGAGCUUUGCGAAUUCAAAGAGAUCGGAUAUGGAGGAGUGGAUUAAGGAGAAACUGAGCUUGCAGGAGGCACUGAAGAAGUUCAAGGAGAGAGAAAAGAGCUUGGAAUUAUUUGUUGCUCGAUUGAAGGUAGAAGCAGGAGUGGUUGAGAAUGUGAUAAGAGGACUGAACCAGAAGGUUGAUACUGUGAAUGGUGUAGUGAAUGGAGAUGGGGUUAUUGCUAGGGUUGAGAAAGGGGUAAAGGGUUUGAAUGUUCAGUGGCCUGUGGUGGUAGCUGGUUCUACUGUUGUUGCAGCUACUGUUGUGAUCUGGUUCUACUUUUGGUUGAUCCAUGAAAAUAAUAACAAUGAUGGUUUCUUUACGGCUUAA